UGGGGCUGGGGCUGGUGCCGGCGGAGCGCUCAGCCGGGGCCCCCUGCCGCGUUCCCGCAACGCCAUGGAGCCCCGGGCGGUGGCGGAUGCGGUGGAGACGGGGGAGGAGGACGUGAUUGUGGACGCCCUGCGGACGUUCAACAGGGAGCACUCCCAGAGCUUCACGUUCGAUGAUGCCCAACGGGAGGACAGGAAGAGGCUGGCCGAGCUGCUGGUCUCGGUCCUGGAGCGGGGCUUGCCACCCUCCUGCCCGGUCACUUGGCUGCAGAGCAUCCGCAUACUGUCCCGGGACCGCAGCUGCCUGGACCCGUUCACCAGCCGCCGGAGCCUGCAGGCACUGGCCUGCUGUGCGGGUAUCUCCGCCGCCCAGGGGCUCGACCCCGAGCCCUCCGACAUGGAUGCUGUCCUCGAGUCCCUCAAGUGCCUGUGCAACCUCGUGCUCAGCAGCCCCGUGGCACAGGUGCUGGCGGCAGAGGCCCGCCUGGUGGUGAAGCUCGCCGAGCGCGUGCAGCUGUAUCGCAAGAGGAGCUUCCCGCACGACGUCCAGUUCUUCGACCUGCGGCUGCUCUUCCUGCUGACGGCGCUGCGCACCGACGUGCGCCAGCAGCUGUUCCAGGAGCUGCACGGAGUGCGCCUGCUGACCGACACGCUGGAGCUGACGCUGGGGCUGACUCCCGAGGAGAGCACCCCCGAGCGCCUUCCUCCCCAGGAGACGGAGCGCGCCAUGGAAAUCCUCAAAGUGCUCUUCAACAUCACGCUCGACUCCAUUAAGAGGGAGGUGGACGAGGAAGACGCUUCCCUUUACCAGUACCUGGCGACCCUUCUGAGGCACUGUGUGAUGGUCACUGUUGCUGGAGAUCACACAGAGGAGUUCCAUGGCCACACAGUGAACCUCCUAGGGAACUUGCCCCUCAAGUGUCUGGACGUCCUCCUCACCCUCGAGCUGCAUGAAGGCUCCUUGGAAUUCAUGGGAGUGAACAUGGAUGUGAUUCAUGUCCUCCUCGCCUUCCUAGAAAAGCGUUUGCACCAGACACACAGGCUGAAGGAGAGCGUGGCCCCCGUGCUGAGCGUGCUGACAGAGUGUGCCCGUAUGCACCGCCCAGCCAGGAAAUUCCUGAAGGCCCAGGUGCUGCCCCCGCUGCGGGACGUGAGGACCCGGCCAGAGGUGGGGGAACUGCUGCGAAACAAGCUUGUCCGCCUCAUGACACACCUGGACACGGACGUGAAGAGGGUGGCCGCUGAGUUCCUGUUUGUCCUGUGCUCUGAGAGCGUGCCCCGAUUCAUCAAGUACACGGGCUACGGGAACGCCGCCGGCCUCCUGGCUGCCAGGGGUCUCAUGGCGGGGGGCCGGCCUGAGGGCCAGUACUCGGAGGACGAGGACACGGACACAGAGGAGUACAAGGAAGCCAAGGCCAGCAUAAACCCGGUGACCGGGAGGGUGGAGGAGCAGCCACCCAACCCCAUGGAGGGCAUGACGGAGGAGCAGCGGGAGCACGAGGCCAUGAAGCUGGUGAAUAUGUUCGACAAGCUCUCCAGGCACAGAGUCAUCCAGCCUAUGGGGAUGAGUCCCCGGGGUCACCUCACAUCCCUGCAGGAUGCCAUGUGCGAGACCAUGGAGGGGCAGCUCUCUUCGGACCCUGACUCAGACCCUGACUGAGGAUUGCAGCUCUUUGGCGCCAAUUCAGAACUGGUGCUGCUUCCAGAGGCAUCCCUGGGGCUGCAACCUGGGGAAGCCACGUCCCACUGGCCACACAUCUCAGUGCCCCUCUCUCCAGCUUGAAGACCUUUUACUCCCAGAGUUCUGUUCAUGGUUUGCUUCUGGCCCAAUUUUUUAUCUCUAGGACUGUGGUGGUGUCCUGCUGUACUUCUGAGAACUUAGUUUCUUUUAUCUGUGCCAACAGGAGUGUGUGCAGAGGCUGCUGCCCGAGGGCAUGCUCAGGGCAAGGGGCUGACAGGUGUUCACAAAUGCAGGCAUGUCCAGGACGGGCAUGCUGGCCCAGAGCCGGGGUGUUGGGGCACAUGCUGUCUUCACAGGGGAAAUGAACCUGCCAGAGGUGUGCCGUUGUUCUGUCCCCACUGAGUGCAGGGCUGGUGGCCUCUUCCACCUUCUCCUCGAUCCUGGCUCAGCUGCCCACUGCAGUAGUAUCCACAGCACCCGAGUUCUUACUGGUUGUGACAACUCAAUCUCAAGCCUUCCCACUGGCUUUGACUGUAAACACUUAACAUGAAGAAAAAUGCCCAUCAUGAGACCAUAAAUUAAGAUUUCUGUCAUGUGCCACAGAUAGCCACAGAAACACCAUCUUAGAAUAAAGAAGAGGAACUUCAGGCAAAACUGUGCCAAUAUACAUGUAAAAUACCAAGUGAAGAAAUGCUAAAUAGAAAUAGAAACUAAUUUCAUUCUUUUCAGAAUUCGACACUUUUCCUAGACCACCACUCAUUGGUUCUCACUGAGGAGCAGGGUCACGGGACCCCCUUCCAUGGAGUCUGUCAGUAAAAUCUGUUCCUGCCAGCUCCAGCCCAAGGCAGGCGCCGUUCAGGGACAGGAGGUGCUUUUGCUGGGGAAACCUGCAGCCCAUACAGUGCUGGGAAGGGGAAUGUGUAUGUGAGUAGGAGCCAAGGAAGCAGCAGCUAGUGCCGAAGGGGUCAGCCAGCAGAGCUGGGCCUCAGGGCAACCGCCAGGAGAAAGGGCUGUGCAGAGUACAAAGCUCGCAGUGGGUUCUGCCCACACGUCAUGGUGUGGCCUGAGCACAGGGUCAGGGGAAUCCUGACCAGUGGCCAGGAGCAGCUGUUCCUAAGUGAAUAGUGCCUUCCCUCUCUGAGAGAUUAGUUCUAGCAGCACUAGUGGAAGAAGCCCUGGUAGACGGGGGGAAAGGAGAUGGGUUAAGAAGUGCUGGAACAUCAGUUUGGAGGCAAGGCUGACACAAAGACACCAUUCAGAAGGUCAACAACGGGAUGUCACAGCCUUCAGAGGGAGCUGGGUGCUCUUAUGGGCUGGGGUGGAGGAGGCGGCACAGGGCCAUCUCCAGGGUGAAUCCAGGGCCAAAUGUCCUCAGUCAGACUAUUCCAAUAGAGGAGUCACUCAUGUACACCCCAAGGUCUCCUUUCCACAUUCAACACUUGCAGUCCCUUUGAGAAAACUAAAAUUUAUUUUAUGCUGGAAAUGAAGGACAGACUUUCUCUAAUGAAAAUAACCCUACUAAAGAGAACAACAUGCUAGAAGAUCCUGCUGCAUCCCUAGGGCCCCAGGAUGACAUUUUGGGACGUGAGGGAGGCUGCUCAGCUCAAGCCUGGGUCUUCUUACCAACAGAGAUGCCCCUCAGUGACUUGGGCACAGUAAAGGUAGAUCCAGUCUGGGACUCCAGGCCGUCUGUUUCAGUUUGAGGGGAUCACCAUCAGAAGAAAGCUUUUUGCAUUAAGAGCUUCAGCAGAAUCCUUUGUAUCCAUGACUGGGGUGGCCCUGAGUGUAAGCACACUACCAGUCGGCACGGAGCUCAUAGCCCAGGAAGACGUUACAGCAGCAGACUCAGACCUCCACUCUCCGUUCCUCAGGUUGCAUGUCCUGAUUCUGCCAAAAUUUGGAAACCUGCCCAAGCUGUCUUCAGGCACAAAGUCUCAUCAGAAAUGGGAUAUGGAUCUCUCCUAUGUAAGCAUUUCCUGUACGUGGGGUGACCAUCACUCUCUUAUCUGUCCCGUCCAUUGAGCUGGAACAGAGAAAGGAUAUUAGUCACCUAAACACACCAGGCAGGCCAGCAGAUCUCAGGGCCUGGGUCAAACAGCCCAGCUGAAGACAAGCACAAUACUUCAUGGCACAGAAGUAUCUCUCUGUAAAUGCUGCUGUUGAGUAGGAUGACCCCAGCAGGCCUGGGCAGAGCAGGGAGGCUAAACAGAGAGCUUCGAUCUAAGGGAUCCUAACUACACAAGAUGUGCUGAUGCUCACAUAUUGAAAAAACAUUUACUAUUUGGAAAAGUUACCCUUUGGAUAGCAAUUCUUUUUUAAAAAAAAUCUAAAAUCACAACCCACUUUACACAAAUUUCUGUGAAACUAGAAAAUAGUACAGGUCAAAUCUUACAGGGCUACUUCCAAAAAUCCAGAGGAGCUACCUGAGUUACAAUUUGCUUUUACGUGGAGACAGGAAGUCAGAACCAGGAAAAGGUUCCCUUGAAAUCCUGCUGAGCUCAUCUGAC